AUGGAACAAAUUCCCACUACCGAUAUCGACCCAGUGUUUGCUCACACCACCAACCUCGCCUCGUGCAACCUGAACAGCAAGGUCCUAGCCUGCUCAAACGACUAUUUCGCUUCAGCUGACAACCUCCUCACUCCUACUCUCGCCGUCUCACGUCCUGGUGUGUUCAUUCACACCGGUGCCUGGUAUGAUGGCUGGGAAACUCGCCGACACAACUCAGAACCUUAUGACUGGGUUGUGAUCAAGCUGGGUGUGGCCGCAGCCUCAAUUCAUGGUGUUGAAGUGGAUACUGCAUACUUUAAGGGGAAUUAUGGCGAGAAAGCGGAGCUGCAGGCAACAUAUGCGCAGGAAGGCAGCGGGAUCACAGACGCCCAAAUCGCAGAUCCUAGUUUCGCUGGUUGGAAGACCCUUUUGCCCGCUUCGCCCUGUGGCCCAUCUCAGCGGCAUGGCUGGAAAUUCCCCAUCGAAGUCAGCCAGGACCCCUAUACCCAUGUCCGUCUUCUAAUGUACCCGGACGGUGGAUUCGCUCGUCUGCGCCUCUAUGGCCACGCCAUUCCCCCUUCUGCCCCCACCCUUCAAGCUGCUUCGGCUCCCAUCGAGGAACUUUCCUCCGCUCUCAAUGGCGGUUUGGCGCUCGCCGCUUCCGAUGAGCACUUCACACCGUCUUCUAAUAUCCUACUUCCUGGUCGCGGCAAGGACAUGGGGGACGGGUGGGAAACUGCCCGCUCGCGCGGCGCUGGUCACGUAGACUGGGCUGUCAUCAAGCUGGGUCUUCCUGGCUCCGUCGCUAAGGUUGUCGUGGACACCAAGGACUUCCGUGGAAACUUCCCUCGGGCUGUGCGCGUGCACGGCCUUGUCUCUGGCACUGCUGACGACGGCUUGCCUUCGGCUGAUGAUCCCCACUGGGUUGAAAUUGUCAAGGGCGACAAGCCCUGCCAGGCAGACACCGAACACGUCUUUGAGGCGGGUGAUCUUGCUGCUGGUGGGACAGACACCCAAGUAUUCAGUCAUGUCAAGCUGACCCUUGUGCCUGACGGUGGCGUCAAGCGCUUCCGCAUCUUUGGUCGCCGCGGUUGA